CUGUAUAAAAUACGUGUUUGUGGCCUUAACUAUUAGUUAGUUAGUUGAUAGUUAGGCUUGUAGCUGUUCAAUACGGACUAUUAAAAAAGCGUGGAAUCUAGUGCGCAUGCUUGUGUGUGAGCGCUUUGACGGAAGCUAAGAAUCUAGCUGCGUCUGGGGGGUCCACUUCAAAAAACAAAAAAAUAAGUCAUGUCAGGAUUUUUAGACAGCAUCCGGUGUGGAGACUGUGAGUGCAAUGUUGACUGGGGGGAGAGAAGAAAUACCAUAGCAUCUAUAGCAGCUGGAGUCUUGUUUUUCACUGGAUGGUGGAUCAUCAUUGAUGCAGCUGUGAAAUAUCCAGAUGAGGCAGUAUUUCAUCAUGCCUACCACACAUGUGGUGUCAUUGCUACUGUGGCUUUUCUCAUGAUCAAUGCCGUGUCAAAUGGCCAGGUACGAGGAGACAGCUACAGCGAAGGCUGCAUGGGACAGACAGGCGCUCGAGUGUGGCUCUUCAUUGGCUUCAUGCUGGCAUUCGGCUCGCUCAUUGCCUCUAUGUGGAUUCUUUUUGGAGGCUUUGUUGUACCCCACAAGGAUGUGGUGUAUCCUGGAAUAGCAGUUUUUUUCCAAAAUGCUUUCAUAUUCUUUGGGGGCUUGGUCUUCAAGUUUGGCCGCACUGAGGACCUGUGGCAAUAGUGGAUGAACCCCUGUAUUUCGGUUUUAGCACCAAUCUUUAAAAAAACAAAACAAAAAACACUACCUUUCUCAAUUUCAAGCAUAACAUUUUAUAUUGAUCUCUUCAAUUAACAUGUUUAAUGUAAAAGUAGUUUGCUUCUUGCUGUACAAAGGAAAACAUUUUGAUAUAGACUUUGGAUCUACAGAUCCUUGGAAUAUGGGUUAAUCACAGGACAGUCUGUUCACGGCACAAUUAGUAAGCCAUUUAGUUACAGUAAUUUACGUCUUUAAAACAAGGUGAAACUAUCCUAAUAUGUUUGAAUAUAUUGUAUUCCUUGUUCUGAUAAAUUGUGUACUCAAUGUUGGGGAAAGCGUGAAUCGUUGAGGUACAACCAUCUCUGCAAAUACCAAUGGUUUAGCUGUCAAUACUGUGUUUUGUACUUUUACAUUUACUUAAAAGAUUGUAAAAAAAUAUAUGAUGGCGAUUUGUGUUUUUUUUUCUUGGGAGGACAGGCCUAAUUGCAUUCAUACCAGGUUUAAUAAAUGGAAUGCUUAUGGAUGAAAAGUCAUGCUACUGAAAUGAGAGCAAGAGACGAUGUCUAAGGACUAUGUCUGUGACUAAGAAGAAAGUUUCACAGCAAAUAUUUAACUGACUGCAGUGCAUGUUAUGCAUUUACCUGUGUAAUAACCAAACUAUGAGGUCACUUUAUCAAACUGAAACAUGCAUUAAACAAAACAUGUACAGAUAAUCAAA